AUGUGGCCACGAGCUUUGCUAAACGGGAAAUCAUGCGCGCGCCGACUUUUGGCCCCACAAGCCAAUUACAUUCAGUUUUUUGCUUGGCGCUCGCAAAAAAGUGAGCAGAAACGGCUCGAAAAACAGAAGCGUCAGGAGCAAGAACGCAAAGAAAAAGAAGAAAAGUUGGCUGUCGAGAAGGCUGCUAAAGGAGGCGACCAGAAAGUUGAAAAGCUAGCCGAUCCAUCAGAUCCACAGGAAUAUUACAAUAUGCGUGUUCGUAUGAUUGAGGAGAAGAGGGCUUCCGGUGGCAACCCGUUUCCGCACAAGUUCCACGUUUCGACUUCCCUUGGAGAGUUUAUUGAAAAGUAUUCUUCGCUCAAGAACGAAGAAAUCUUGGAAAAUGUGACGGUGUCGAUUGCUGGUCGAAUUUACUCUAAGCGAGAAGCUGGAGCCAAUCUCAUCUUUUACGAUGUCCAAGGAGAGGGAACUCGUCUUCAAGUGAUGGCUAAUGCACGUAUGCACAAGAUGGCCGAGGAGUUCAAAGUGCUGCACGGAAAAGUGAAGCGUGGAGACAUUAUG